AUGGUGCUGCUUUUCUUCCAUUCUUGUCACAUAUUGCAAGUCAGUGAAAAGAGCAGGCAAAGGUUAGGCUCUGAAGGGCCACAUAAGAAAUCCUGUGCACACAUGCACUGCUGCUCAGGGCCCACCCAUGAGGUGAGGUGGCAGUCUCAGGCAGUGGAUUUUAUUUUACCUCAAGCGGCAAUACAUCCCAGGCCGCCCCUGCUACAGUUCCAGUUGUCUCCAGACAUAGCAUCUGAGAAGGUCAAAGACCAUCCAGAACACCAUUCAGUGCAGUAUGGGGCAUUGCAGGUGGAAGGAUGA